AUGACGGUGGCCACCGCUAAGUUUUUGUACGUGCGCCACCCGACGCUGUGCUGCUUCCUCCUUCUUAUAGGCGCCGUCGUUCUUGUCAUAUGGGCUCGUAUCCACAAGUGGCAUCAGAGAGCCCGUAUGGCGGCGCGCUUGCGAAUGAAAGACGUGCGACAUGUUUUGCAGAUGUGUCGUCGACGACCCCGCAGCUGGCACCGGAUUGCCAAGGCGAUGGCGAUGACGCUAUACAACUCCUGGCCACUGAAUGCAACGGUCUUCGCCACUCUCCUGACGGUUCACUGCGUUCUGUUAGGUAUCGAACGGCUUUACACUUAUCGUAACGGGCCUCCCAACCUCCAACUCUGGACCUACCAGGAGACGCAUUUCGACCUCACGUCGAUGGGGCCCUCGCUUGUCUCCCCUGUGCACGACCCGCGCUCCUUGAGCCCGUACGGGCCGCGGUCGGACCGCACGCUGGCGCACUUCUGCGGCCGGCCCACGGCCAGCAGCUACGACGGCUACACCGGCGCGCCGCACGCGGCGUACAUGCACCACGACGUGGAGCGCGACCGCUACGUGGUGCGCACCUUCGGCCGCGGCGGCAUGCGCGUGGACGAGCGGCGGCGCAGCGGCGUGGGCCGUAGCACCUACGAGGCCUUUUGCGCCGCGCCGCGGAGCGUGCAGCGCGGCACGCCGCUGGCGCCGUCGCCGUGGCUCGACGGCGAGACCAACUGGCAGCUCGGCGACGCUGCGCCGCGGCACGCCGUCAACGGCGCGUUCAACUUCACUGUGCGGCCUCUCGCCGUGCCGCACGCAGCCGCAGCUGCAGCAGCCGCCGGUGCCACCGCCAGCAGAAGUGGCAACGCCGACGCGGACUUCACCAAGGCGGACCAGGGGCUGCGCACGCACUACCGCCGCUACACGCGCGACGAGCUGCUGCAGCGUCACGCACACCUCGACUUCAUCUACUCCUACGUCAAUGGCAGCGACAUCACGCGCAGCUACACGAAGCCGUUUGCGAAGACGUGGGAGUGCUGGAACAUGAUCGCAUCGGUGCAGCUGCUGUGGGGCGAGAUGCAGCACGCGGCCGACACGGACACGGAGGCGCCGCACAUCGCCGAGGACGCCUUCAGCCGCUACAUCGCCGAGCUGCUGUUCGUGUCGGCGUCGAGCCCGUGCGCCAUGUCGGAGCUGCUAGCGGACGUGGGCACCGGCAAGGACGCGAUGAAGCGCGUGGAGGCGUCGCUGUGGUGGGCCGCCACGCACCCGAACGGACCCCGCAGCGUCGGGGACGCACCACUGCCGCCGCCGGAGAUGACGCUGACGAACAUGGAGCUGCUGCGCGCGCUGGGUGCGGACCUGGAGAGCGCGAAGCCGGACGACAUCGACGCAGACUGCGACGAGCUGCGCCACGGCAUGCGCGGGCUGCUGGAACACACGCGCAGCUGGCACCGUGGCCGCAUGGCUGUCGUGGCGCCGUACGGCAACGUGCCGCUGUGGCUGAACCACAGCAAGAACUUCUUCAUGCGCUCCCUCUACGCCGCUGCCACGGCGACCGCGGCGCGCGCUGAGGCAUCGUGCGAUGCUGCUGACGGCGACGAUUCGAGGGUGCUCGGCACGGCCGAGGCGCGUUUCGUGAAGGAGGCGCACACCGGCACGCUGCACUACACGCGCAUCCACAUUGUGGACCAGCGCGCGCUGAUGCCGCCCGCGCCGCUGACGACCGUCAACAGCUACGUCGUCGAGCCCUUCGUGUACCGGCUGCGCAACGCGUCCUCCGUCUUCAUCUACAUGAACGACGACUACCUCAUCAUGAAGGACGUCGACAUCACCGACUUCGUGAACGAGUUUGGUGGACCGCUGCUGCGUAUCCGCAUCGAUGACCCUAUGAUAUACAACGAAAGCAACCAGGAGUAUUUUCGCCGAGGUCUCGUGUUCAACACAAUGCUCAUGCACCGUGACCUGGACAAGACACCCGCGGACCUGGAGGAGCUUGUGCAGCCGGCUGCUGCUGCCACCGCCCUGACGUCGGUGGAGGGCGAGGCAGCCGUGGUGCGGCGUGGCGUCGUGCGUGCGUCGUGGGCCGCUUUCGCCGCUGCCGUGGACGCGCGCAGCAGCGUGGCGACGCCGAGAGGCGGCGCGAGGGCCACAAGCACGGCGUGCGCGAGCAACAGCAGCGCUGCUGUGUGCGCGUGGGCGGAGUGCGCGUGGGGCACCGCUGAAGGAACGCUGACGCGCGAUACGUGUGCGAUGCCGCGUGUGUCGACGCAGGGCGAGCCGGCGUGGGCCGCGGAUGCAGCGGGCACCUUUGCGCUGGUGCCUCCGUCGUCUACGACGCCGGGCAGCAGCGAGUGGACGUGGGCAGGCAAGGCGCAGAUGCCGGCGCUCGUGCACUGGGGUCGCCGCGUGCUGGACCGCGUGACAGCAGACCUCAUCGCUCCGCGCUACUACCUCGAAACCGCGAAGGUGGUGGUGAUGGAGGAAGAACCGGAGCCGGUGCCGCCAGCGAAGGCGUGGGCCGGUUUGGCGCGCGACAUUACGGAUAUAUCGCAGCUGCUCCACACGAUGAACCUUGUGCAUGAACGGUCGGCCAGCUCCUCCGACACUUGCUCACAGCUAAUGCGGCACCUUGAAGUCUGGGCGGCGCGCCUCGCUGGACACGAGUUCCCGACGCACCGCGUGUUCAAGACGCAGCCGCGCCUGCGCAAGUACCGCAUGCGGCUCGACAGCCACGCGCCCUACCCACAGUGCCGCAACAUGUGGGGCUACAUCCACAAGCGCUACGCACCGGACCUCAACCUGAACAUGUUCAUGGAGCGCAAACGCACCACGAUGGACCUGCUGCCGCCAUCGACGCACACGGCGCACAUGCUGCGGCACCCGUGGGCCGCGUCGAGUCAGUACCUGCCAUACCUGAUGGCGAAGCAGGCGUGGCGCAUGCAGCGCGGUGCCGGGCUGUCGCCGCUGGGCAACGACACGCCGGUGUUCCCGGUGGCGGACGUGGCGCUGGACAACGAGGACGGCUGCGCGCCGGCCACUUACAUUACGGAGGCAGAGGAAUCAGCGAGGUACCACGAGUUCCGUGACGAUGAUGACCUGAACGACAAGGCAAUGGACAAAAUUCGUAGCUACCAGGGGGUCAAGCCGUUCACGAACAUCAACUCGAAGUUCUCGAGCAACGCGGUCGGCGAAACGCUCCGCAACUUCCUGGAGGAGCUCUUUCCGACCCCCAUGCUGCUGGAGCAACACUGGCGCAGCACCUCGGGGGACGAGGGCGGCACGGACGAGCUGCGGGUAUCGCGGCAGAUUGAUGGGGAGAGCGGUGCGCGCGACCUGCAGUUUGCACAUUUGGACGUCAACUUCAAGCGCCUGAUGCACGUGCCGCUGAUCCUUGUGAGCAACGACGAGGAGGGCUUCUGCCCGCUGCUGCGCAGCUUGCGGCAUGCGUUGCCGAACUUCCGCGGGCGGCGCGUGGUGCAGGUGCUGGUGCCGCCGGCGGACGGCGUGUCGCUGCGCGCGGCGCGUGCGGACCGGCGACACGGCUACCGCGACUUCCUGCCGGUGGCUCGCUGCAGCCUGCCGGCUGACCGGCUUCGCCGCGUGACGCUGCCGGCGGACAGCGGCGUGGCGGACGUGGUGGUGGCAGGGCUGCGGCUGGCGCGCGAGGACGUGGCGGUGGAGCAGUGGGAGGCGCCGGCGCUGGUGGAGCUGCGAGGGCGGCGCGUGGCGCUGCGCGCGGUGCAGGCGCUGGUGAUCGAUGCGCGCACGCUGCACACCGGUGCACGCGGCUUCACGGAGCUGCCGCUCGCGCUGGCCGUGCCGGCCGAGCUGCUGGCGCACGAAGACUUCGCGGAGCACCUGCUGGACGCCGCCGCGCAGUCGCUGGUGCGGUCGCCCACAGCAGCGGAGGCGGCCGCGGUCGCCGCGGUGGUGCCGAUGGAGGAGGCCGCCUCUGCGGGGGACUUCGCUGCGAGCGUGCUGGUGCUGUCGGAGGCGGAUGCGGAGGUGCGUCACACGCACUGGGCCCACGGCGCCUCCGAGCACGACCUGCUGAGCGGGAUGCCGCUGCCGUAUGACAAGAUGGAGGACAUGAAGGAGAUGGUGCAGUGGGGCUUCUGA